AUGCCUUACCACGAUUACAUCGACCGCUGGCGAAAGCGCCACGGACGCAGGCUCGAUCAUGAAGAGCGGACACGGAAGCGAACAGCCCGUGAGGCGCAUAAGGCAUCCUAUGAAGCGCAGAAUUUCCGUGGCCAUCGGGCCAAGAUGCUCCAGCAGCGGCGACACAAGGAGAAGAUCGAGAUGAAGAAGAAGAUCAAAAUGCAUGAGGAGCGAGAUGUUAAAUCUUCGACGGCGCCCGAGCCUUCCACGCCUUUACCACAGUAUCUCCUUGACCGGUCCAAUCCGACGAACGCGAAGGCAUUGUCAAGCGCGGUUAAGAACAAGCGGUCCGAGAAGGUGGCGAAGUUCAGCGUCCCACUGCCGAAGGUCCGUGGUAUCUCGGAGGAAGAGAUGUUCAAAGUGGUCCAUACGGGAAAGAAAACGAAAAAGAAGGCGUGGAAGCGAGUCGUCACGAAGCCCACGUUCGUUGGGAACGAGUUCACUCGACGACCGGUCAAAUACGAGCGCUUUAUCCGGCCCAUGGGUCUCCGAUACAAGAAGGCCAAUGUUACCCACAGGGAGUUGGGCGUCACGGUUCAACUGCCGAUCAUUUCAGUCAAGAAGAACCCGCAAAAUCCGAUGUACACCCAGCUUGGUGUAUUGACUAAGGGAACCAUCAUCGAGGUUGAUUGUAGUGAACUUGGAUUGGUGACCCCUGGAGGCAAGGUGGUCUGGGGUCGAUGGGCCCAGGUGAUGAACAACGUUGAGAUGGACGGAUGUGUCAACGCCGUCCUCCUGGUCUGA